GGUCCGAGACAUGGGCGUUCGAAGUAGCGCGCAUUGGAUCAAUGGACUUGGACUGGGCUUGGUGCUGGAUCUUGCGAGCAGAAAAAUGAGUUUGGAGCGCUAAUGGUCGACAGUCCAAAGGAAUUCGGGUAAUUCUUCUUCGGAUUAGUACCCUUUUGCUUUUGAUUGUUGGAGAACUGUUAAUCUAAACGCAACGCUCUUUCCCGCCAUGUUCUUUUCUUUUUUGGGGGGAUUUUUAGAAGGGAAUAUGACUUGUUCAUCAAAUUACUACGCUGCUGUGCUUAAGUUCUGCUGCGAAGCUCGGAAUCAGGCUCAUGUUAAGAAGCUUCACUGCCGCAUCAUCAGAACUGUACCUAAUCCAGAAACUUUUCUGUUUAAUAAUCUCAUCAAUACCUACGGGAAACUUGGCAACUGGAAGAAUGCACGGAAUGUGUUCGAUCAAAUUCCUCAACCAAACCUUUUUUCAUGGAACACGCUGCUUUCGGCGUACUCAAAAUUGGGUCACCUCCACGAGAUGCAAGAGGUCUUCAAUCGCAUGCCGACGCAUGAUGUGGUCUCUUGGAACUCGCUUCUCUCGGGGUAUGCGGGUAGUAAUUUUAUUUCCGAAUCGGUUAGAGUUUAUAACAUGAUGUUGGAGGAAGGGUCGGUAAACUUGAAUAGGAUUACAUUCUCUACUAUGCUAAUACUCUCGUCUAAUCGAGGAUUUGUUGAAUUGGGUCGGCAGAUUCAUGGGCAAAUUUUUAAAUUUGGUUAUCAAUCGUAUCAGUUUGUUGGCAGUCCUUUGGUAGAUAUGUACUCGAAAACGGGAUGCAUCAAUGAUGCAAAACGGAUUUUUGAAGAGAUGCCUGAGAAGAAUACAGUUGUAUACAAUACUAUGAUCACUGGUCUUUUGCGGUGUGGAUUUAUCAUCGAAGCUGAUCAAUUGUUUCACAAUAUGCCAGAAAAAGAUUCGAUUACAUGGACAACGAUCAUAACUGGGCUAACCCAAAAUGGUUUGUUCAAAGAAGCAAUCCACAAGUUUGGAGAAAUGAGAACAGAAGGUUUGGGCAUGGAUCAGUUCACCUUUGGGAGUGUGUUGACUGCUUGUGGCGGUGUUCUGGCACUAGGUGAAGGUAAGCAAAUUCACGCCUAUAUUAUUAGGACUGAUUAUCAAGAUAACAUCUUCGUAGGAAGUGCUCUAGUUGAUAUGUAUUGCAAGUGUCGGAAUGUAAAAUAUGCGGAAGCAGUGUUUAGAAAAAUGAGGCACAAGAAUGUAAUAUCAUGGACAGCCAUGCUGGUUGGUUAUGGCCAAAAUGGUUACAGUGAAGAAGCCGUUAGGAUAUUUCGUGAUAUGCAGAGAAAUGAUAUUCAUCCUGAUGAUUUUACUCUAGGAAGUGUAAUUAGCUCAUGUGCAAACCUCGCAAGCCUAGAAGAGGGAGCCCAGUUUCAUGCCCAAGCUUUAGCUACUGGUUUAAUUGGUUUUCUUACGGUUUCAAAUGCUUUUGUCACUCUAUAUGGUAAAUGUGGAAGCAUAAAAUAUGCCCACCAGUUGUUUCAUGAAAUGAAAAUCAGGGAUGAAGUUUCUUGGACAGCUUUAAUCUCAGGUUAUGCACAAUUUGGAAAAGCCAAUGAAACAAUAUCUUUGUUCGAAACAAUGUUGGCCCAUGGUUUGGUACCUGAUGGAAUUACUUUCAUUGGAGUUCUAUCAGCUUGUAGUAGAGCAGGUUUAGUGGAGAAAGGUUAUCAUUAUUUUGAAUGUAUGGUAAAAGAACAUGGAAUUACGCCAAUCCCUGAUCACUUUACAUGCAUGAUUGAUCUUCUUAGCCGAGCUGGGAGAUUAGAAGAAGCAAAAAACUUUAUUAAUCAGAUGCCUUUCAGUCCUGAUGCUAUCGGUUGGGCAACAUUGCUGAGUUCUUGUAGACUUAAUGGGAAUUUGGAAAUUGGAAAAUGGGCUGCUGAGUCUCUUUAUGAACUAGAGCCACAGAACCCUGCUAGCUAUGUUUUAUUAUCAAGCAUUUAUGCUGCAAAAGGAAAAUGGGAUGAUGUAGCAAAAUUGAGGAAAGGAAUGAGAGAAAAGGGCGUAAAAAAGGAACCAGGAUACAGUUGGAUCAAAUAUAAAAACAAAGUGCAUAUUUUCUCAGCAGAUGACCGGUCAAGUCCAUUUUCAGAUCAGAUAUAUGCCAAGUUGGAAAGUUUGUACCAAAAAAUGAUUGAUGAAGGGUAUGUGCCCAAUAUGAGUUUCGUUCUCCAUGAUGUUGAGAAGUCGGAGAAGAUUAAUAUGCUUAAUCACCAUAGUGAAAAACUUGCUAUUGCCUUUGGUUUGAUAUUUAUACCUGAUGGCCUUCAAAUUCAAGUUGUAAAAAAUCUCAGGGUCUGUGGGGAUUGCCACAAUGCCACGAAGUACAUUUCUAGGAUCACCCAGAGAGAGAUACUUGUAAGGGAUGCAGUCCGUUUCCAUUUGUUCAAGGAUGGAGUGUGUUCAUGUGGGGAUUUCUGGUAGCUUUUUUUCUGAUCUAAAACCUCACUCGAAGAUGUUGAAACCUCAUAAUUGUUAUGCAAGUAACAAACUCAGUUUUAUGCGAGUGUGAGACCUACCAUCCAUCUCGAAUGUGUAUAAUUGUUGUGCCAUAUUUUAUGUUAUGAGCCAUGAGUUUCACACCGUUCAGUAAUCUAGAAGUGGUAUUGAAAUGAAUUCAUCUGAUAAAUAUUGGAGAUACUUCUAACUUGUGUAAAAUCUGAUGGUUGCUUUAAAUGAUGGAGGCCAAGUGCUCUAUUUCGGCUGCAAGCUGCAAGUAGAAUGGCGACACAACUAUUUGAUCUGUGUUUCUUAAGUGGUUUUGACACCUUUUCUGCGGAUUGAUUCCGAUGAGGAAAUGGGUUUGGAACAGGCCAUUCUUUGCUGCAUCUCCACAGAAAAUUAUUUACAACAGUUCAGGAAACAACUUCCCUCACUUUUCACUCUUGUUCUCAAGAAUAAGGAGCAACUUUGUCAACAAUAGGAGGAGGUUGCACACAAGCGCAGGCCCUAUGGCCGGCUGGUUC